AUGCAAAUUAACAUGGAUAAAAGCAAACCAACGGCCACUCCAUGGCUUGUCUCCUCUUUAUCCAGUAACCAUGUAGGCUCAUUUGAUUCAUCAGUAUAUCGGAGUGUUGUCGGGGCACUUCCGUACAUAACAAUCACAAGACCUGACAUUGCCUUUGCAGUCAACAAAGUGUGUCAAACAAUGCAUGCUCCCUCUACGCAACAUUGGGUGAACCUCAAGCACCUGCUCCGAUAUUUGAAAGGCAGCAUCCUCCACGGCCUUCUAUUCCGGCACAGUCCAUCUCUUUCUCACACGGCCUUCAGCAAUGCAGACUGUGUAGGCUCACCAUCAGAUCGUCAGUUCACAAGAGGGUACCUCAUUUUUUUGGGCACUAAUCUCGUUUCAUGGUCCUCCAAGAAACAACCAACGGUUGCACGAUCCAGCACGGCAGCAGAAUAUAGAGCCGUUGCAGACACUAUAGCUGAGCUCCUAUGGAUUCGUUCUCUCCUAACGGAAUUGCGAAUUCCGUUCACUUCACCAACCACGCUAUGGUGUGACAAUGUUGGUGCCACUUAUCUUACAGCUAAUCCAAUCUUCCAUGCUCGCACAAAGCAUGUGGAGUUUGAUUAUCACUUUGUUCCGGAACAAGUUCUCUCUAAACAUCUCCGAGUCUGCAUCAUCUCCAGCACCGAUCAGCACGCAGAUCUACUCACAAAAGCUCUUCCCAAAGCUCGGUUCAAGCUUCUCUUCAACAAGCUCAAUCUCGUUUCGAGACAGAGCUUGCGAGGGGCUAUUGAAGAAGAAGAUCCAAGUGGAUGA